CAUAACCCGACCCGUUUGUUGAGGAAAGCGGCUGACACAGAAAGGGUUUUACACAGGCGACCGGCGUGGGUUUAGCACAAGCAGUAGACGAGUAGACGCCACGGGGGAGAAAAAGAUCAACGGCCAAAAUCAGCUAGAUAACUAAUUCGAACGAAAUCGAUGCGGUAGCUACCAUUGGGCAUUAGCCCUAGGAUCAGCAGACAUGGCGGAGCAUUUGGAAUUGAAAGAUGAAUCUACAGCCAAUCCUUGUUGUAGCGAGUUGAAAGAUAGACUGUUAAAAGUGCAACAGAAGUGCAAGAAGACGGAGGAUGCUAGGGCCGCGCUUAAGAAGGCAGUCGGGCUUUAUGAGCGACAGUUUAUAUUGAUGCAAGAUGAUGUUCAGAAACUCAAGAAGGCUUGCGAGGAAGAGAAGCUGCAAACUGACAAUGAAAGGAAGAAUAAAGAAAAAGAAUCAGCUGCACGAGUUUCAUUGGAGAAUGAGAUAUCCUUACUGAAGUCUGAGAUUUUAUCAUUGAGUCAAAAAGAAGGUUCAGUACCAGAACAUGUGAGUGAAGAACUUACACUUCUCAAAGGGCGUGUUUCUGAAAGUGAAAAGGAGAUAAAUUGCCUACGAGAGCAGCUUCAGAAGGAAACAAGUGUUGCAGCUACCAAUAGAAAGAAAGCUGUAGAAGAAAAGAAAAGAGCCGAUGAGGCAUUACAAAGUUCUAAGGCUGAAAAAGACAAGAUUGAAAAGGAAUUAAGUAAGCUCAAAGCACAGUUGCUUAAUUUGGAAACAGAAAAGAAACAGCUAAAGAAGGAUCUUCAAAAAGAGAGUGCUAGAGCAGAUAUGGAGAAGAUUAGAGCUGAAGCAUUGAAAACUGCAAAGACUGAGGCUGAAGCUGAAAUUGAAGUUUUAAUGGCUGAGAAGAAGGUUCCAUUGGGGGAUGAGUUGUCUUCUCCAAAAUCCGAGGAUAUGGAUGUAAUUACAUCCCUUCAAGGGCGUGUAUCUGAAAUGGAAACAGAAAUAACUCGACUUAAAAAUCUUCUUGAUAAUGAGAGAAAACGAGCAGACUCUGAGACAAAGAAAGCUGAAAUGGAGAAGAAAAAAGGUAAUAAAAUGCGAGAAAUGUUGAAAACAGAACAAAGUAAAGCUGAUGAGCAAAGAAAGUUUGUUGAUGUUGAAAAGAAAAAAAGGGAGGAAUUUGGACAACAAUGUGAAAGAUUAAAGUGUGAGGCAGAUGAGGUAAGAUCUAAGUUGGUUUUAGAAGGUUCAAAGUUUAAAGAAGCAAACAAGAAACUUGAGGCUGAAAGAAAAAAGUAUGUAAAAGAGAAAAAGAAAUAUGAAGAACAACAAAAGAUUGCAGAAUUGAAUAUGAAAAAUGCUUUGGAGGAGAAACAACGUGCAGAUCGGAUUCAUCAGCAGUUAGAAGAGUGUCAACAGAAGUAUGUUAAAUUGCAGAAAGAGAUGGAAGCAAAACAGAAGGAAAAAGAUACCAAACAAAUGACUACAAUUGGAAGUGAAAAGAUUCAAAAUGAUGUUUCUUCAAGAAACUUAACAAACCCUUCUUGUGUUUUGACUGAAAAAGAUAUGAAAGGUAAAUAUGAUGAAAUGAAACUUUUAAAGAAAAGGCUGAAGCUUGAAAAGGAGAGAGUGAAGCAUGCUAAUCAGGUAGCUGAGCUUGAAAAGAAGUGCAAAAAAGCAGUUGAAAAAGAGCUUCAUCAACUAAAGCUGGAGUUUGCUCGAUUUUCAAAUCGUGUAGGACUCUGUAGCUGUUAUGAAAUCUGCAAUGCUGGUAAAUCUUGCAUGGAACAGAAUCGAAAUGUAAACUCAAAGAGGAAAUUUAUGCACCCUGAGAGUGGAAAAGAACUUAUGAAGCCAAAUUCUACAAGAUCUCCUGUAGUGUCACUUCCUAUAUCUGGAACAUGUACUGAAGUCACCUCAGUUGGUGGGCUCACAGGGGAAAUGUUGUCUAGUGAGCUUCCUACAGCAAGAAAUGAUGCACUGGUGGCUGGAAACAAUGAUGUCAAAACUCCUCUUAGACUGAAAAACAAAGAUGGAAAAAACAGGAAAAGAAAGCGAACCCUAAAUGCAACUGAAUCUAUUGAGCAUUUGUAUACAAAAGUAGGUGGUGUGGAUAAACCAUUGAAAGAAGUUACAUUGCCACCUUCUUGCAAGAUUAUCGAGCAAAAGGAAGAUCCAGGAAAAAAAACAGUUGGUGAUGAAAAUUUUGAUUUAAGUAAUGAUGAUAAUCUUGAAAAUUGUGGGAAGAAUGUUGAGAUUUUUAAGAGAAUGUUGGAUGAUGAUUAUAUGAAGUUGCUUAGUUUGGAUAGUGAAUUUGAGGAGGAAAGAUACCGUUUUGCAGUUGAAAGGCCUCUUUCACCUACUCUUCCAAACAUCCAGUUAGAUGUUGUAGAAGAUUCUAGACCUUCUGAAAUUAAUUGCUCAAAUGGGUUGUUGCCAGGUGUCAAUGAUUCUUGUCAGUAUAUUGUUGUGUUUCCAGAAAUCAAGGACAGUGUCAGCCUUUCCAAGAUAUUUCAUACAAUAGGAGCUUUGAUGACUCAAUGCUGUGUGUCUUCUGAGAGUGAUCACAUGAUUACAAAUAUAGUUUCUGCUCUUUCUGCUGAUGAAAUUCUCUCACCCAAGGAAAAGGUCUGUGUGUUCUUCUCAUUGUUCUUGAAGAGCCCCUUGAGCAUUGCUUUGACUAAUGUCAACCAUGUCUUAGAUGAGAGCUUUUUGAAGACCAUUGAUAUCUUUUCUGGACAAAUCAAGAAAGUGAUGUCUGAUGUAGAGACAAGAAGCAUUUUUGAAAAAGUAUGCAAUUUGGAUGAUCUUAUUACUCUAAUUCAAGAAUUUAUCAUCAAUGAAAGAGUAGUAAUCCACAGUGAUAUAAAUCCCGAGUCACUAUCAUCAUCAGACUCCAAAGCUUCAUUGCAACAGCUGGUGAUUGGAGCAGUUUUUUUAGCAUCAAUUUGUGUAGCUUUUGACCGAAUUGACUCCAUAUGUGAAACAUCAUACACCAUUUCCCACAUCACCACUCCCUCAACUUCAACAUUUCUACAUAUCUUUGGUUACAUAUGUGGAGAAAAAUUACUAUCCCAAGUAGGUGACUACAGUUUAAUAAUGACUGUAGUAAGUUCAUUAGUCACAUACCAUGAAAAGGAAAACCCAUCAUCAUCAUGCGCCAAGUGUCCGUUUCUAAUUGGUGCUGUUUCCAUGGAAGAAGUCGCAUCGCUUCUCUUGAAUAAACUGAAAUCAACAACAGUUUCUGAUGGUGAUUUGUCUGAUUUUGGGGAUGUUUUGUCACUUUUGGAGUUAAUAGCAUCUAAGAUGAAGUGGGGUUGGGUUUGUGAGAACAUUGUUAGUCAGGUGUUGAAGCUGUUGGAAGUGUUUGUAGUUGAAACGCCUUUGACUGCUGUUUUUGUUCUUCUAGGCCAACUUGCAAGACUUGGGAUUCAUGGAAAUGGAUUGGAAGAUGGUGACGUGGAAAAAAUUAGAAUGAAAUUGAGUUGGUUCAUAACCGGGACCACAUCGAGGAAAAUGAGUUUAAGGGUCCAAUUUGCAGCUGUGAAUUCUUUAUUGGGUACAACGCCUCUGAGUUUUGAAGAAAUUUGUGAUAAGAAUAAUAAGAGGUUUGUGAGUUGUUCAAGUGCAAUUGAUUGCAUACAGAAAUGGUUUGAUUUGUUGAGUGAUGAGCAGAAGGCGAUGUCUGUUAGGCUGUUUCCUGCUGCUGGUGUUUCAUAAAGAGAGUCUUCUUGUUGAAACUUGAAAUUAAACAAUUUUGUAGUCAUAGUAGCCGUAAUGCAAAUUACAUUCAUUCCCUUGUUGGUGCUUACAUGUUUAAAGUUAAUGACCUAAUUUACUUACUAUGGGUGAUUCUUUUGGUAAUACAUAGAUUGUUAUUGUAAACCAAGAAUGGGUCGAGCUCUAUUAGUUUCACCCAGUAAAAAAUUCAUCUUUUGCUCAUA